CUGCUGCCUGCCCAUUCCCCGUGCCAACACCCCCCAUAGGCAACCCCGAGCUGCCACCCCGCCGCGCUGCUUGGCCCCUGGGUGCCUGGCUUGGGGGCAGCCGCAGCUCCGCUGGCUCUGAUGGUGUGUGAUGCCCUCGGUGCCAGCCAGAUGCCAGGCGCCUGCGUGACUCCCCAAGGGAACUGCACCUAUUUCCCGUUCUUCUCGGACUUCAAGGGCCAGAACAGGGUGGCCCUGAGCGCCCUGGAGACCGCCGUCCUCUCCUGCAUCUUCCUGGGGUCCCUGCUGGUCAACGUCUGCGCCAUCUCGGCGCUGGCCAGGAAGAAGAAGCUGCUCACCGCCAACUGCCUGGUGCUCAACCUCUUCUGCGUGGACCUGCUCUUCAUCAGCGCCAUCCCCCUCAUCCUCGUGGUGCGCUGGACCGAGUCCUGGGUGCUGGGGGACGUCGUCUGCCACAUGCUCUUAUACGUGAUAAGCCUCAGCGGCAGCGUCACCAUCCUGUCCCUGGCGGCGGUGAGCCUGGAGCGCAUGGUCUGCAUCGUCCGGCUGCGGCACACGGCCCGCUGCAGCGGCAAGCUGCUGGCCGGGACCCUGCUGCUCAUCUGGGGGCUCGCCGCCCUCGCCAACCUCCCGCUCUGCCUCUUCUUCCAGGUGGAGCCCCUGCCCAUGAACGGCGAGGAAGUUCAAAUUUGCACCUUGGUUUGGCCCAGUGUUGCAGGAGAAAUCUCUUGGGACAUAACAUUCACCUUUGUGGUCUUUGUAAUACCAGGAUUAGUCAUUGUGAUCAGUUAUACAAAGAUUUUACAGAUUACAAAAGCAUCAAGAAAAAGAUUAAAUGUCAGUUUAGCCUCCUCAGAAAUGCGUCAGAUUCGAGUCUCCCAACGAGAUUACAAACUAUUUCGAACUUUGUUUGUGCUGAUGAUCUCUUUCUUCAUCAUGUGGAGUCCAAUUAUCAUCACUGUUCUCUUAAUUUUAGUUCAGAACUUCAAACAGGAUUUGAAAAUUUUGCCAUCAUUUUUCUUCUGGAUAAUGGCAUUCACUUUUGCCAACUCUGCCGUCAAUCCAGUUUUGUAUAAUGUUACCCAUUUCAAACAUGAAUGGUGGCAAUUUCUUUUGUGUUGUGCAGCUCUUCCUGGAAGGAGAAUGACUAAUACAGAAACCACAGGAAGAAGAAAUGACCACAUAGAACCUAACUUAUCUGUAAUUUCUAAAUAAGUAAUGUAUGAACUAUGUCUCAGCUGUUGCUUUGGCUGCUAAGCCAUAUACUUUCCCACAUUGACCAGCUCACCAUUUUAUAGUACUUGUAUUAUAUGCUAAGGAAAACAGAUAGGAAAAUAAAUACAACUAUAGUUCAACUUCUAUAAUCCUAACCUAGACAAAAUGUCAUUGUCUUGGGAGUUUUGCCUGAGUAAAACUGCAGAAUUUAAUCUUAUCGGCCUAAUGCUCUUCUCAUAAUGAUGUAAUCAGGAGUAAUGUCACUGACAUUGGUGGAGGCACAGAAAUGUAAAACAGUGUAACUUCAGAGAAGAAUUGGGCUCUAUGGGGGCAGAUUUUCAGACGGUGUAAAUUGUCGACUUACUACAGUGGAGCCAGGACAACUUACAGCAGCUGAGGAUAUUCUCCAGUUUUACUAUCCAUUUGCCAGUAAGAAUAGAAACCAACUUUUAAAAAUGGGUGUAAAAAGUGCACCCUCAAAAAUGUCCAUGCAGUCACUAAGUCUAUAAAAUAAAAAAAAGGCAUUUGCAUGCAUAAAUC